AUGAUAUCAGAUAUUUUUUGGGCUUAUAGCAGUGAAAGCGAUAACUCUGAAGAGGAGAAUUAUAGUGCUGGAAUUGAUGAGUUUAUAGAGGCCGCCCGUGAACGUCGUAGAAUGAUUGCGGAUUCUACAGGGGGAGAAUUGUCUACGAAGUUGAUUGGUCCUGAAUGCUUGUUAGUAGGAUGUGCUACAUUUGAAAGGGCUUACAGACGAGGAAAUGAGAGAGUUGGACAGAUUAGUUUGCUGGCUGUGAGAAAUAGAUAUAGGCGAUGCCAUAUUGGAAAGUAUCUGCUUGAGAUAAUUAUGAAUGUGAAUAUAAUGGGGGAAUACGAUGCGAUCGCAGCGUACGUAGAUGACGGUGCCAAAGAUUUCUUUUUAAAUAAUGGAUUCAGCGAUGAUGUCUUGCUAAACAGCCGGUACAAGAAGUAUAUCAAUCACUGGAUUAACAGUACAUUGAUGUGCUACUUGCCAAUGGUUUCAGCUGUUAAUAUAAACAACGCCGGUAGUCUUGAUGAAAUUGUUGAAGAAUGUGAAAAAUGGAGACAGAAAAGUCUCGAGGCUUAUCAAAUGCAAGCUGGCUGCAUGUUUAAGAUGGUAAAAGAGCAGACUGAGUUGAUCAAAGAUUUGGAAGAUCGCUUAAGUAGAAAACAGCAGCAAUUGGAAUAUAUUGAAAAAGAAUUUACUAGGUAUCGUCAGAAAGUUGCAGUAGAUUCUAGAGAGUUGUCAAGAAUGACUGAAGAUGUAGAAAGGCUACAUUUGAGUGAUAAUAGAUCACAAAAUUUUGUUGGGAAGUUUGGUUGUAGAGAUGAAAUUCUGAAAGAAUUACGGUAUCCAGUUGAGGAAUUUGUAAAGUGUAUGGAACAAUGUAUGCAAUCUGGUAGCAGCGUUGAAGUACAAGAAAUCUAUCAGGUUUCUGAGAAUGCUAAAUCAAAAAUUCAAAAUAAUUUUGAUUCUUGCGUGAACUCUUUUGGAGAUAAUGCUUCUGUGCUAACGUUGUAUUAUUGUGGAGGUAAAAGCGGCUUAAAGGGAAUAUUAGAAAAUGGUUUUACUACAGAAGAAUUUGUAAGAGAUAUUUUUGGGCAAGGGUUGUAUUUUUCAAAAUACGCAACACAAGCGAUUUAUUUCAGCAAGCCAGAUGAGGUUUUGAUUGCAAGAGUGGCUCUUGGUCGAGUAGAGUCGGUUGUGAGAAGUGAUGAAAACUGUUGCACACCACCGGAAGGUUUUGAUUCUAUCUUGACUAAAGGAAGACAUUCUAUAACUUAUCAAAGAGAUCCACUGUAUAAGCAUGAAUAUAUUCUAUUUCGUCCUGAGCAGGCGAUGCCUAUCUGUGCUGUGAAGUACGUGAUUAAAACAAGAAGCGGCCCUUAGAGUAUGCUACUACACUAGCUGAACAUGGUAGAAAGAUUUGGAAAAGAGAGAUUUUCGAUUUAGUGAAGAUUGGGAAAUUAGUAUGUGUAUGUCUAGUUUUAUGCUAUUGAAAUUAUAGUGUCAAUUGUCCUUACUGAUAGGUGAUUAAUAUCGUUGGAGGUAGAUAUUACGGUUAGUGUGACUUGUCGCGCAUCACGAUUUUGGAGAAUUUAAAAGUGUCAAUUAAUAAAUUAACGAAAUCAACA